UGCUCGGGUAGACUUUGUGGACAUACGUCGGACGUUUUAAAGGACAAGAAGUAACGAGGAAUCUCGGGAAGCUGGUUCUUCGGUUUUGAGGAUUAUGCCAGAACAAGUGCAAGACUGCGUCAAGGAACGUUUGAGGAGAAGCUUGUGGAAACAUGUGGAAUUACUACCAUAAGACUCUUCUUUGGAGAGGGGAUCAUGGCAACUGACUGGAACAUGUCCAAAGAGGAUUACAACCAUUCCUUGUUUGUUUCUAUCAGCCCAUGUCUGAUCAAUGGCAGACAUGAUUCACACACACCUUUCUGUUGCUAUGCUCUGACAUCAGCUCUCCGUAACAUUCGAUAAACGACCGUUUUGGGUUGUCUCUCCCAUGCCACCAUUAUCACCUGAAAUCUCCCUUUUGCUUCCUGAUGUCUCAGUCGAGCAAUUCACCGGACAGUCAGGCCUUGCUGCAGUCUAUGUUGGAGCGACUGAAGCUCCAGCACGGAAAGGAAAGGCCGGCGGAUGGAGCGGGAGCCAUUCAAAGCCACCACGUGUAUGAAUUUGGUGUCCCGACAGAAAGAUUUGGUGUAUCAUCUGUGGAUAGUAGUCUCAGUCACAAAGAUGGAGAGAGUCUGCAGUCGGUUGAUAGCUUUAAACAAGGUCACUGUCGCCUACCUUUACAGAAAGACUACAUGGGUGUAAACAUGCUGGAGAGUGAGACACGGAUAUGUAAUGCUUCACCUAAGAGGACUGACGUCGAGGCCCCAUGGGACAGCCUAAGUGGACGUAAGGACACAACCACUGAACAGGACCAAGCGUUAAAACACAACACUUAUGACUGGUCAUGGCAGAGCACAGGUUUUACCGCGGACAGUCAAGGGAAUAAAACCUUUCACGCCGUAAAUGGAGAGUAUGCAAGUUUGUCUAAAUGGAGAGACAUGCAAAUGAUGCCCAAGAAAGGCGUUAGCCUGACCACAAGGCAGCAACAACGAUCGUCUGAAAGCAAAGCCAGGCGGUGGACCGAGAAAAUCAAGGAGAAAUGGAAGGAGAAGUCCGGUUUUAAGAAGGGAAAGGACGAGGCAAAAGACCUAAGUUCAGCAUCAAACCACCUGGACAUUACAUCAAAUCAGGACAGCAGUGAAAGCCCGGUCACACAAUCACAGGACGACGCUAUUGACGCGUUUAUCAGAUCAAGUGAGGACCUACAGUGUGGUUUUAGCUCCAUCAACUUACUCGAGGAGAUCGUCUCAGGUCAAGAGUGGGCCAAGUUCCUGAACCCUCCCCUCUCAGCCCCCUCAGCUAAUCAGAGACCACCAGAGGAGACCCUAGGCAGCCUCAGUGCCACAACUACGUCUAAUAAUAAUGGCCGACCCGCUUUUGUUCCGCUCCAACCUGGAGGUUCGGACGGGCAGUGGAGCUUCAGGGAUAGCGAGUCGUUGUCCGUCUAUAACUCCCAUGCCAGUGGGAACAUUACAGAAACACAGAACCACACAGGUCACAGUGAGGAUGACCAGUCCCAACCAAUGGAACAAGAACAGAGCCAAUCACAGGAACAGCUAAAGGAGAGUGGACGGUUGCAAUCCAGGACUUCCGAUGUGGAGCGUGCAGACAUUCUGGAAGACUUAUCGCUAAUCAGCAGGAUCAGCAGAAUCAGCAGAAAGAGACACUAUCACUUAGCAGUGACUCAAGUGGACUGGACACCAGGUGAACAAAAAGGGACCAUCAUGUCUACCCCAAGCAGCCAUGCAAUGGAUGACUCAGAGGAGCAUCCCCUGUCACCCUUCUUCAGGCAAAAUGGAGCCUCUGUCCCCUCCCCUUUUUAUCCCAGUGCUCCUCCAUCAACACGAGGAGUCCUCAAAAACUACGGAUUCCUGAAUUCCGAUUCCUCACUGGAAAGCAAAAGGAGACGAGUCGAGCCCAACCGGCGGGUUCAUUUUGCGGAGAAUGUGGAGGAGAUACCGCCGGUGGAAGUGGCUCUGCAGUCAGAUGGUUCCGAGGAGGACUGUGGCACAGACGGGGGUUCUGUCACGAGGCGGCGGUCUGCUCUUCCCGCCUGGAUCCUGGCCCUGAAGAGAAGGAACAGCGAGAGGAAGCACAGAUAGUUGCUGUGCCAAUGAAACCUGUCUUCUUUACAACAAUAUUACACUACAACAGGUUACACCGGGGUGUCCAAAGCGCGGUCUGGGGGCCAACGACAACCCACGGCUAAUUUUUUAAUGGCCCGCGACACAAUUUAAAAAUACUCGAAAAAAAAACAUAAACAGUGGAAUAGGAGAGCAAACAGGUGUCAUGUAACGAUGAAAUGUUGCAAUAUUGACACUAGUAACACAGUUUAUUACUUAAAAACUGUCAUUACUCAAAAAGUAAUAAAAACCUACACCAGACAGAUAAAUCAUAAGUUGAAAGUAAAAUCAACAUACAGUACAGGUCAAAAGUUUAGAUGUGUUUUCUUUAUUUUCAUGACUAUUUACAUUGUAGAUUGUCACAUCAGAACUAUGAAUGAACCCAUUAAGUAAAGUUAAAGUAGCAAUGAUUGUCACACACACACGAGGUGUGGCGGAAUUAUUUUCUGUAUUUGACCCAUCACCCUUGAUCACCCCCUGGAGUUAUGUACUUGACAAAAAGGUGAAAUAACUGAAAACACAUUUUAUAUUCUAGUUUCUUCAAAAUAGCUCUGAUUACUGCUUUGCACACUCUUGGCAUUCUCUCCAUGAGCUUCAAGAGGCCUGAAAUGGUUUUGUUGCGCGCGCCCAUUCUCUUCCUCUCAGGGAAUCCAACACACUGGUCAAUCCCAAGUUCUUUCGGAUGACAUAUAUUUGGAGUAAAGAGGACCACCGAGACAGAAUAGUACUUGGCCAAGUUUUACUAAAGCUUUAGGAGACCAGCCCUUACAAUGCGACAAUAGCAUCAGCAAAAAGAGGUCUAAAUCCAAACAAAAAGAGUCAGCGUGUGUAGAGCGGAAACUGCCCCUCUCGCCCAGAAAGGAGCGCAGCUGCUUCUUCAAAACAGAUAAGGAACUGGCCAAAACAGCUCUGUGAGCCGACCAACAGAAGCCCUUAAAACACAACAAAGAGUUUACUAGCGAACAUAAGAUAAAAGCACGGAGAUCACGAGAAGACACACUACGUGGGGAAAUGCUAGCUGCUUUAAACUUGACCAUGGAUUCAUUUGUUCAUUAAUUUUUUAUUUAUCUCCUUCAUUGAUGUGCAUUUUUGAUCAAUAGACAAUGAAACUUUAUGUACUAUAAACGUUA